AACAAUCCUUUUCAAUUCGGUCAUUUCUCCAUUUUCCUAAGCAAGUUCACGAUCUAGAUCUCAUAUCAUAUUUAUUCUCUGCCUCCGCCUCCCACAUCCACUUCCAGCAUUAAUUCAACUUCCACGCUCAAUUAACCAACAAAAACUCAACCUUUUCUCAUUGGCUCCCAACCAAACGCACCAACUUCAUCUGCUCCAUACAGCUUCAACCAGCCAAAACUAUUCCCGACCCGUUUCAGGAAACAAGUUCCUCCUCCUACCCAGUUGACCAAAUCCCUGGAUUUUUUCCACCUGUGAAGUCAAAUCUCGGUUCUCAGAGAACAAGAAGGAGGGCGAAAGGAUAAUUGAGAGAGUGUUUGCGGAGAAAAGGGAUGAGAGAGAACGAAAGUACGCAGAGGCACUCCUUGUACACUCACUUCACAGAAGCUAUCUUAUAUUUGCGGCCAUUUAUGAAGUCGCCUGCGAGAUUUUCCGUUGUCUUCGUCUUCCUCCUCUUCGGCGCGUUUGUCUGUACGCGCCUUCUCAACUUCCCUACUCUAGUUGAUACUUCGCAAGGAUCAGUAGUAACGACCGGAGCAUCCCAAAAGCACCCUCCCGAAACUCCUAAUAUUCCCAAAAGUCCUCCACCCAAAUUGGAAAUCCCACUCAACUGCACUGCCUACAACCUCACACGAACUUGCCCAUCAAACUACCCUACCACCUUUAGCCCAGAGCAAGAUCCCGACAGUCCAUCACCACCACCUACGUGUCCGGAGUACUUCCGUUGGAUAUACGAGGACCUAAGGCCAUGGGCCCAGACCGGGAUCACAAAAGACAUGGUACAGAGUGCCAAGCGUACGGCCAAUUUCAAGUUGGUGAUCCUGAAUGGCAAGGCGUACUUGGAGACAUAUCAGAAGUCGUUUCAGACGAGAGACGUUUUUACAUUGUGGGGGAUCCUACAAUUGUUACGGAGGUAUCCAGGGAAAGUGCCUGAUUUGGAGCUCAUGUUUGACUGCGUUGACUGGCCCGUCAUUUUAUCAAGGUUCUAUAGCCAGCCCAAUUCCACGGCUCCACCACCAUUGUUUCGCUACUGCGGUGAUGACAGAUCACUCGAUAUCGUCUUCCCUGAUUGGUCGUUUUGGGGAUGGUCGGAGAUCAAUAUAAAGCCAUGGGAGCUUUUGUUAAAGGAUCUAGAGGAAGGCAACAGUAGGAGCAAUUGGAUAGACAGAGAACCGCACGCUUAUUGGAAGGGAAAUCCAUUUGUUGCUGAAACCAGGAAAGACCUGCUCAAAUGUAAUGUUUCUGAGCAAACGGACUGGAAUGCUCGCAUUUAUGCUCAAGAUUGGAUUAAAGAGUCAAGGGAAGGAUACAAGCAAUCAGAUUUGGCAAGCCAAUGCGUUCAUAGGUAUAAGAUCUACAUAGAAGGAUCUGCUUGGUCUGUGAGUGAAAAAUACAUUCUUGCAUGUGAUUCUGUUACCUUAAUCGUUAAGCCCCGCUACUAUGAUUUCUUCACAAGAGGUUUGAUUCCGGUGCACCACUACUGGCCCAUAAAAGAUGAUGACAAGUGCAGAUCUAUUAAGUUUGCUGUUGACUGGGGCAACAAUCAUAAGAAAAAGGCACAAUCCAUUGGAAAGGAAGCAAGCAAAAUGAUUCAAGAGGAUUUGAAGAUGGACUACGUGUACGACUACAUGUUUCAUCUGUUAAGCGAAUACUCAAAGCUCUUACAGUUCAAGCCCACCAUACCUCGAAAAGCGGUUGAGCUCUGCUCGGAGGCAAUGGUUUGCCAAGCGCAAGGGUUAGAGAAGAAAUUUAUGAUGGACUCUAUGGUGAAGGGUCCUGCCGAGAGGAAUCCAUGCGCGAUGCCUCCGCCUUAUGAUCCGGCGUCUCUUUUUGCAUUACUUAGGAGACAAACAAACUCAAUUAAACAAGUGGAAACAUGGGAGAGGAGUUACUGGGAGAAUCAGAGUAAGCAAUCAUAGAGAUAGGGUUUCGUAGACUGAUGUAUACAGAUGAUUUUCCAUAUAUUUGUUCCAUCCAUGCAAAUAGAAUUCUAUACAAACUAUGACAAAUGGGAUAUUAUUAAAUUAUGAUAUUUUUAGUGGAAUUGAAAGAAAAUUAAAAAUA